AUGUCUGGUCGAAAGGACUUCUUGUCCCAACCUGCACCGGAGAACUACGUCGCCGGUCUUGGUCGAGGUGCCACCGGCUUCACCACACGCUCAGAUCUUGGACCCAGUGCCAGCGGACCGACUGAAGAGCAGAUCAAAGAUGCUCUCGCAAAGCGCGCCGCAGCUCUUGGAAAUGCGCCACCAACGGCAUAUGGAGUGACGAAGAAGAAGGAUGAGGAAGAAGAGGACCAGUUCCAAGACGCCGAGAACGAGGAAGGCUUGUUUGCGACUGGAAACUAUGACAGAGACGACGAUGAGGCCGAUCGCAUAUACCAGGACGUGGACACGCGCAUGGGCAAACGCAGAAAACAGGCAAGGGAAGAGCGAGAGCGCAAAGAGCGAGACGACUACGAAGCGAAGAACCCGAAAAUCCAGCAGCAAUUUGCGGACCUGAAGCGCGCCCUUACGACCGUCAGCGAUGAAGACUGGCAAAACAUACCCGAAGUGGGAGACUUGACAGGUAAGAACAGACGGAGCAAGCAGAACAAGAUGCAGAGAUUCUAUGCGGUGCCGGACAGUGUUCUGGCUGGGGCAAGAGACGGCUCGCAAUUAGGCACUGAGAUCCAGGAGGAUGGCAUGGCGACGGACGGGGGCGGUGGGGCGAGCGAGCAAGCAGACGGCACAAUGACGAACUUUGCGGACAUUGGCGCAGCUCGAGACAAGGUCUUGAAAGUGCGCCUCGAUCAAGCUGCGCAAUCAUCUGGCACAGCUACUAAUGCAGGCACGAGCACUAAUAUUGACCCUAAGGGUUACUUGACCAGCCUUAGCAAGACCGAGUUGAGUGACAUAGGACAAAACGUUGGCGACAUCAAGCGAGCACGAGUCUUACUGGAGUCCGUCAUCAAGACCAACCCUCGACAUGGCCCUGGCUGGAUCGCUGCAGCCCGCCUCGAAGAGUACGCUGGAAAGAUCGUUGCGGCUCGCAAUGUUAUCCGCCGAGGUUGCGAGAUGUGUCCGAAGAACGAAGAUGUGUGGCUCGAGAGCAUGCGACUGAACGAGAACGCAAACGCAAAGAUCAUCGCAGCAAAGGCCAUCGAGCAUAACGAUCGAUCAGUGCGACUCUGGAUCGAGGCGUCAAAGCUUGAAUCAAUACCUACCUCGAAGAAGAGGGUCCUCCGGAAAGCACUCGAUCACAUCCCUCAAUCUGUCGCAAUCUGGAAAGAGGCCGUCAACUUGGAAGAAGACCCAGCGGAUGCGAAGCUCUUACUUGCAAAAGCCACCGAGAUUAUCCCUCUAUCAGUUGAGCUUUGGCUAGCCUUAGCACGGUUGGAGAGUCCCGAUCAAGCGCAAAUCGUUCUCAAUAAGGCACGAAAAGCUGUGCCCGCAAGCUUCGAGAUCUGGAUAGCGGCAGCACGUCUGCAAGAGCAGAUUGGUGCAGAUCAGAUGGUCAGCAAAGUCAUGGAUCGUGCUGUCAAGGCUCUUGCGCGCGAGUCUGCAAUGCUUAAGCGGGAAGAAUGGAUUGCCCAAGCUGAAAUCUGUGAAGAGGAGGGUGCGAUACUGACAUGCCGCGCCAUCAUCGAGCAUACCAUCGGAUGGGGCCUCGACAAGGACGAUGACCGCAAGCAAGUAUGGUUGGACGACGCCAAGUCGUCAAUCAACAGAGGUCGUUACGAGACUGCACGAGCCAUCUAUGCUGCCGCGCAGAAGGAGUUCUACCAUCGCAAGAGCGUCUGGCUGUCGGCUGCGGAUCUAGAGAAGAGUCACGGAAGUCGAGAGAGUCUGCUGGCUUUGUUGGACGCAGCUACGAAGUCGAUACCAACAUCAAGCGAAUUGUGGAUGCAACUGGCCAGAGAAAAGUGGCUCGCUGGUGAUAUUGCAGGUGCUAGACUUGUUCUUGGAGAGGCUUUCGCGAAGAAUCCCGACAGCGAAGACAUCUACCUCGCCGCUGUCAAGCUGGAAGCCGAUAACGGACAAGAAGAGCAAGCUCGCAAGCUGUUGGCACAAGCUCGUGAGGAAGCUCGUACGGACAGAGUGUUCAUUCGAAGCGUCGCCUUCGAGCGACAGACGAACAACAAGGACAGGGCGUUGGAGCUGGUCAACGAAGGUCUCGAGAGCUUCCCUAAGACUGACAAGCUGUGGAUGAUGAAGGGGCAAAUCUACGAGUCGAAGAACAUGCUACCACAAGCGCGUGAAGCGUACAGCAGUGGCACUCGCAAUUGUCCGAAGAGUGUACCUCUCUGGCUGCUUGCAACUCGCUUGGAGGAGCGGAUGGGCGUGACCGUCAAGGCACGGUCCAUCCUCGACCGAGCAAGACUUGCCGUACCAAAGAACCCACAACUGUGGGCAGAAACCAUCCGCCUCGAACUACGAGCCAAGAACACCCCUGCUGCAAACCAAAAGCUGGCCCAAGCCCUCCAAGAAUGCCCCAAAUCCGGCCUCAUCUGGACCGAACGCAUCUGGAACCUGGAAGGCCGCACGCAGCGCAAACCCCGAAUCCUCGAAGCCAUCCAAAAAGUAGAAAACGAUCCCAUCCUCUUCGUCACCGCGGCACGUAUCUUCUGGAGCGAGCGCAAGCUCGACAAGGCCGACACGUGGUUCCAGAAAGCCGUCAUCCUCGACCCGGAUUAUGGCGAUUCGUGGGCGUGGUGGUACAAGUUCCUGCUGCAGCAUGGCACGGACGAGAAGAGGGAAGAGAUUGUGAGCAAGUGCGUGCAGAACGACCCCAAGCAUGGCGAGGCGUGGCAGGGGGUUCGGAAGGCUCCGGAGAAUGCUGGGAAGAGCGUCGAGGAGGUUUUGAAGAUAGUUGCGAAGGGUUUGGAGUGA